CGUCGACUCACACCUAUGUUACAUUCAAAAUAUUCAAAAUAGUGGUGGUUUUUCAUACUAUACAAGCGCAUAGCUACCAGCCCAGUCUUAACCACUAGCCCCAGCCUGAACUCAGUUUUGCCCCUACAGAGAGCUGUUCCUGAGAGAGCUGCGCUGGACAGAUAUCAAUGUUGAUUAGUAAUAUAUCAUCAAUGUCUAGCUAGUGUAUGUCCUUUUAGAGGGACCGAAAAUAGCCGACGACUGGAGACCCGCUUUGUGGGUGUUCCUUAUUCUGUCCCUUGACAGGGAGACGACUGCCUAGGAACGGCGGCGCACUUGUGCAUGCAUCACCAGGUCUUCUAUUCGGCCAUUUGCACGAAUCAGAGACGGCGCUCCCUUGCUUCUUUUGAAUCCCUGUCGAAGAUAUAAAACCUGCCUGGGUAGCUUUGUAUUUCUACAACGCCCCUUCAUCCAGCUCGUCGAGAUCCUAGGACUGAUGAAAUUUGCUAUACAUAUAAACUUAUAUCAACACAACAAUAUACCCCACUCACAGAGCGCGGCUCGUCUUUAAUCAAAAAUAAAGGAAGAAAUAAGAGAAACCAAUAGCUCAAACAGAACCCCAAGCCAUGGGGUCCUCCGAUUGCUACCUGCCCCCCUCAGACUCCCCGGACCUCACUCUCGUCGUCCCCACCACCGCAGAGCGCAUCCAAUGUCUGAAAGCAAAUAGCCGGGAAUGGAGAGGUCUAUUGGAUCCUGAUCAAUAUAUUCAGCGCGAGAAUCACCUCAUGAAUCAGGACAUGACCAAGGACGGCGCAAUGACCCAAUGGAUCCUCGUAGACCGUCAUCUUCCCCCCGAUAACCGUCCCAUUCUCAGCAGCUGCGAGUCGUUUGGCAAACGCGCCUGGUUAGCUCAUGGCGGUGAGGUCGAGCAGAUCAUUGCCCACGGUGUUGGAAGCGUCUUUUCAAAACCAGAGUUUCGCCGUCGGGGUUACGGUGGGCGGAUGAUUACUGAGCUCGCGAAGAAGCUGGACACAUGGCAGCAAGAAAAUUCGGUGCGGAAGAAAGGCAUAUUUUCAGUCCUCUACUCGGAUAUCGGCAAAAACUUUUAUGGGGAACGUGGGUGGAAGGCAUUCCCUUCGUCGCACAUCUGUCUCCCAACUACCUCAAAUGAUAGAGUACAGCAGGUUACCCCUGGAGUCGAUUUGGGCAUGGGGAGGGAAAUGCAGGCAGACGACGUCAGACGCCUCAUGUGCUCCGAUGCAGCACUUGAGCGGUACAAACAAGUCUUAAGGGAGGCGUCAUUGAAUUCAAAAAAGGCCAAAGUUGGCUUUGUGCCAGAUUAUGCAGCUUUGAGCUGGCAUUGGGCCCGCGAAGAGUUCUACUCAAAGAUUCUGGUUCCUGCCAAGGGCGUGCCCAAGGUGAAGGGCGCUUGCGUUGAAAGCCGCAAAGUUUUCAUCUGUUGGAAUCGGAACUUUGGAAAGACCGACAAGGACCACGUUUUAUAUAUCCUGCGGACGCUAUACGAGGAACCAAACUCGCCAGCUGAAGAGAAGGCGGUAAUCGAAGCGCUGGCUGCAACACUCUAUCGGGCCCAGUUGCAGGCGCAUGAGUGGGGUAUGAGCCGUGUGGAGAUUUGGAAUCCAUCCCCAGUCGUCGAAAAAGCCGCAAAAAUGCUGAGUGAGACUGCGCAAGUCGAGCAUAGAGAACAAACUAGCAUAUGUAGCCUUAAGUGGAAUGGCAAACAGCUUGGGCUAGGCGAAGAUGUUGAUUGGUAUUGGAACGAGAAGUAUGCCUGGUGUUGACGCUUAGCUGCUGUUUCCUGAAGUUGAGCUCAAAGCUCCUUCUCAUGGGUCUUUAGUUUCUCUUCCGCCCUUUUUAUGUUGAGAGAUUGUCUAAUGCUUUUUAUGGGUGGUGUCAUUUAUUUCCAGCCUUAUUCCGAUAGACCAUGGGAGGAGUACUCAGAUAGCCUGGUGGCGAUAUAUUUGCUUUUGCGGCUUAUGCGGGCAAUCCCCCAUACCGUAUCGUAUUUGAUGUUGGUUAUCACUGGUUUCCAUGCUUCACGCACGCCUUGAGUCCUGUACGACGAGCCUGAGUUUCUAGCCUGGGCUUAUAACAAACGCUUGCCGGACCGGGAUAUUGGUGGGAGUCGCUCUGUGUCAUUCAGCAGUUCCUUUGUCAGUCUGUUACUCCAAAUUUAUCCACAUACAUACAGCAAGUUCUAGAUCCGAUUUUUAUGUAUGUACAGUACAUUUCAGUACAUAGUUGCGCAGUUCUAGAUGGACAGGAAACACUUAUGCGUACCUUCAAAUUAUCCCACGUAGCUUCGCUCCUCCAAGACUCCGGCAAUAGAUCUUUCCAACUCUCCAAGAAUUCCGCGCGACCAAUCGCCAUCGUUGGAUCCGGCGCGUUGGCCUCUAGAGUGACGCGCUUUGUGUACAAACCCGCACACCUCCACCCAGCCCCGCUCACACUCCACCGGCGAAAAUGGGACAUCGCCAAAUACCUUUGUAAUAGCUCGUCGCCGCUCCCUUUGCACAAUGGAACUCUUAUCGCCAGCGGUUUCAGUAGCAAUAGCAGUAGAUACUGCCCCAGUGCCAUUGCCAUUGCCGGCGUCGCUCAUAUCAACAUCCGCGUCCUCCUCAGCGUGCGUACCACUAUACACGCGCAGUGAGCGCUGGAGAUACGGAAGUGCGGAAUAUGGGUUGCUAUCCAGCUUCACGAGUUCGAGCGUGGCAUUGCAUUUGGCGAUGGUUGUGAUGUGGUGACGAGGCGUUUCUCCUGUCGCCUGUUGCGGCUCCGGCUGGGUAGAAGGGGCGGGUUGGAUGAGGUAUAUGCAGUUUGAGGAGUGGACAUGUCGGACCAUGUAGGUUUGGGUAGUCGUACAGAGGUUUACGUAGGCAUCGGUGGAUGACGACGGGGCAGAUGAAGACGAUGGCGGGGCGGAUUUUAAGUAGAGACUACGGUUUUUGAUUGACUUGGACGUGGUUAGUGGAAAGCGCAAUGGUUCAUAGGAAUUAUUUAUUGGUAAUAAUCUAUUGAAAUGUGGUAUAUGCGUACGGAGAUCCAGUCUUCCCAGAGGAAAU